CGCCCCUCCGUCCGCUCCUCAGGCGUAGCCAGCCAUAGCCCUCCAGUUGCAGCAAGGAGCUACAGGUCUCUGGUCUCCCGAGUUUUGCCUGUUGUCGGACCAGUGCGCGCGGCACGGCCAUGGAGCCGACCCCCGACGCCGAGGAGGCUCACACGGUGCGCGAGGCGCUGGGCCGCUACGAGGCGGCACUGGAGGGUGCGGUGCGUGCGCUGCACGAGGACAUGCAGGGGCUGCAGCGCGGCGUGGAGCGGCGCGUGGCCGAGGCGCUGCGCCUGGCUGGCCCCUUGGCUCGCACAGUGGCCGAUCUGCAGCGGGAUAACCAGCGGCUGCAAGCGCAGCUCGAACGCUUGACCCGCCAGGUGGAGACGCUGGGCUUGGCGACUGGUGUGUCCCCCGCACCCGGCACGCCCAGUCCCCCUCCGGCGGCCACAGUUACAGACCGCGCCCCCCGCCUGGGCACCGCACGCUUCUCCAGCCACGCCACCUUCUCGCUGUCGGGUCGCAGUCCGAGCCUGGAAAAUGAUGAAACCAGUGAUCUAGAGGCGAGACGAACUUCAAAUUCAUGCAUCAUGGAGAAUGGACACCAGCUGGGUGCAGGUCCAGCCAAUGGGUCCUCUGAGGUCCAAACCUCUUCAUCCCCGGAGCCCCCUAGGCCACGCCCUGUGAGCCUCUCUUUGAUGUUGCCCCACCAGCCUGUCACAGCUGUCACCCGAGUCUCUGAGAAAUUCUCUGGGGAGACUUCAGCUUCAGCUCUAUCACCCACAUCUGCUGCCAUUCUGGGGGGCUUCAGCCCAAGCCCUAGUGAGACCAUCAGCCCUUGGACUCCUAGUCCCACUGAGAAAAAUUCCUCUUUCAUGCGGUCUUUGUCUGGCUCUGGGUAUGGAGCAGCGACAGCAGGCAAACGGAAGGACAGCCCUCCAUUGGUGACCCCACCUCAGUCACCACCAUCCUCACAGACUCAAGCCCCUCGCCAGGGAGAGCGUCGCAGAGAAUUGGUGAGGUCACAGACGCUGCCUCGUACCUCAGGGGCACAGGCUCGAAAGGCGCUGUUUGAGAAGUGGGAGCAGGAGACAGCAAGCAAGGGCAAAGGUGAGACCAGGGCCAAACUGAAGAGGUCACAGAGUUUCGGUGUGGCCAGUGCCAGCAGCAUCAAACAGAUCCUGUUAGAAUGGUGCCGAAGCAAGACUGUGGGCUACCAGCAUGUGGACCUGCAGAACUUCUCCUCUAGCUGGAGCGAUGGGAUGGCCUUCUGUGCCCUGGUGCACUCCUUCUUUCCUGAUGCCUUUGACUACAAUGCCCUGAGCCCCACACAAAGGCAGAAGAACUUUGAACUGGCCUUCACUAUGGCUGAGAAUCUGGCCAACUGUGAGCGCCUCAUUGAAGUGGAGGAUAUGAUGGUGAUGGGCCGCAAGCCAGACCCCAUGUGUGUCUUCACCUAUGUGCAGUCACUCUACAACCAUCUUCGUCGCUUUGAGUAAAGCUGGCAGCCUGGAGAGGACAAGAAGAGACUCUGGGGUCCCUCAUGUUCCCCAUGGCAGUAUGUCCCACCAGGGGAGCUGCCUCUGUGGUGUGAGCUGCUAUUUGUUCACAUACCCUUUACACUCAGUUACUGAUUAAAGUAUUGAUGAGGCUAAGCUGAGCCCCACAGCCUCUCACAGCCAGGGGCUCAAAGGAAAAGGAAAAACUCAAGAGUCAAAGAAAUUGGUGCUAAGUAAUGAUUUUUCUACAGGGAAUGCUAAUGGUUUUCCCUCUAGUGAAUUUGAUACAUUUUCUUGACAGGGUUCCAUUGAUUAUCAACCUACCUUCCUUCCUUCCUUCCUUCCUUCCUUCCUUCCUUCCUUCCUUCCUUCCUCCCUCCCUCCCUCCCUCCCUCCCUCCCUUCCUUCCUUCCUUUCCUUCAAAUCAAAAUGCCCAGUGUUUUUUGAUUUUUGUUUUUUGUUUUUCUCCUUCCUCACUAUUGUUGGUCCCUUGGUCCCCUCUCUCUGGGCCACUGCCAGGAAAUAGACUCAAGUUCUUGGGAAGAAACACUUUAGUCACUCAUAGGUCCUGAGCAGCAGAUGACCUUCCUAUCACCUCUUCUCCAUGGGAAGGUGGCAAGAUUUCUACCUAGAUGCAGAGGAGCUUCUGGUACAGGGGGACCCCACAGAUGUCCAGCUAAGGAAUGGUUACCUGGGCAGGAUCAGGGAGGAAGGAUAGAUCCUUCGCACUGAGAGAGUUCCCCUUUGCCCUAGGUAUUUAUAAAAAGGAUUUCAUCUGUAUCACUGACCAGUUUGUACAUAAAAGAUGAGUCAGUUUUUGCUUGGGUUUGUUAUUUCUGUUUGGGAGAUGGGGAGGAGGAUUGGGCAAUAAGAAACUGCAUAGAUUCAAACAAAGAUCUACUGAAAUCAUCCUUAAUUGUUUAUGUAUUUAAAACCACUUGCCUGGGAGGCUGAAAAUGACAUUUUCUAUCUACCAAUGUGCUUGUCCCUCAGCCAUCUCUGUGUUGUUGAAGGAUUAUGAACAGAAAAUUUAUUCACUGCCGAUAUGUCCCUUAGAUAUUGGCAAAUAUAUUGUGAUAAAAAGUGGUCCAAAGUUCA